AACGGUUUCAUUCUGCUUCAAAAAUCAAAGCCAACUGCAAACUCGUUCUUUUAUUGUUCUUCUUCUUCUUUCUAUUGAGUAUGGAAGACCAGGGUGGUGGUGGUGGCACGAAACAAAUGAAUAAUGCGUACGUGGACACGUCGAAAGCGGAGAAAGCGGUGUGGUUGAUGAAGUGUCCUCCCCUCGUCUCUCGCUGCCUCUGCGCCCCUCCCUCCGACCCCUCUCGCCUCGUCGCCAAGGUCGUUGUCUCGAUCGACCCUCUCAACUCCAACGAUGACGAUUCUCCUACUAAGUUUACAAUGGAGUUGGCUGGAGCUGAAGUUGGACAUAUACCUAAAUGCUAUGUUAUGGAUAUGUUUAAAGACUUCAUUCCCAUGUAUGUGUUUUCAUACACACCGCAAGGAAAGAUCUCUGUGGAGGGAAAAAUAUUGAAUAGGUUUGACAUGAGGCCCCAUAAUCAAAACCUUGAACUCUAUGGGAAACUGUACCGGGAAAGGACAAACAAGUAUACGGUCAAAAGUAGACAAAUUCAGGUUAUUGACAAUGAUAGUGGGGCACACAUGAGGCCAAUGCCAGGGAUGAUCAGUUUUUCAACUUCUGGCCCCCCUGAAAAGAAGAAAACUCCUGCUAAAGCAACCGAUACAAAGAGAACAAGAAGAGAUCGUGGGGAGAUGGAAGAGAUUGUGUUUAAGCUAUUUGAACGACAGUCUAAUUGGAGUUUACGAAACCUCAUACAAGAAACCGACCAACCUGAACAAUUUUUGAAAGAUAUACUAAAAGACCUUUGUGUCUACAACAACAAAGGAACUAAUCAAGGCACGUAUGAACUAAAGCCUGAAUACAGAAAAUUUGGAGAUUAAGCGACCUUCAAGUAGGUUUUAUUUGUGCUCAUCCAUUUGUUAACCUCAUUCAAAUGGUAUGUAGCUUACUCAUUUCAGUUUCAUCAUUAUGUUCAAGUUGCAAAUAAAGUAGUAUGCAUCUUGUUACAGCCUUUUCUGAUUCUUCUGCACGUUUUAUUUGCAGAUUUUGCUACAUUACAAUUUAUUUGUGUUCCUUGGUUCGAAAGCAGAACUAAAUUAAUUUUUGAACAAUUUACGGUGUUAUUGCAAAAUUAACAAAAAUUACAAUGUGAAAUUGCUCCGAAACUAGCAAAUGGCACGAGAGGUUGAAUUGUGUUGUGUUAAAUUUCCUAAACUCUUUUUGAAACAUAAAUAAGUUUAUUCAACUUUGGAUGCUUGUAAGUCAUUGGAUGCAUUUCUACUACUUCAAAGGUUAUUGAUGUUUAUAGUUAAUAAAUUUACGCAACUUUGGAUACAUGCAAGUCAUUGGAUGCAUUUCUACUAUUGCAAAGGUGGUAGAUGUUUUUAGUCAUUAUAUUCCCUUGUAGCGCUCAUUUUUUGUGCAGUUCGUUGUUUUCUUCUGUUUUGCUUAAAGUUAAGUUCAUUGUUUUCUUCUGUUCUAUUCAUGAUUGAUUCUCAUGUUCUCUUUUUUGGUAAGAAAAUGUUCUUUCCACUAAUCUUACUACACAUUUUCAUAUGUC